AUAUCUAUCUACUCAUCAUCCAAGCUCAGUGAUCAUCAAAACCGACGCCGAGUGAAGCUGCGAAAUCCCAAACCAACCCUCUACGACACACCGAACCAUGUCGCCAGGUCCCGUCGUCGACGCUUCCCCUGAGAUUGAAGUAGAACAAGAGGUUCCUGCCGUCGACGACGCAACGCAGAAGAAGAAACCCCAACCACAGGAUGACGAUGCUCCCCUUGUCGAGGACGUGAAGGACGAAGCUGACGACGAUGAAGACGACGAUGACGACGACGAUGAGGAUGACAAGGAAGACGGUGCUCAAGGUAGUGCUGAGGGUUCAAAGCAGAGCAGGAGUGAGAAGAAAAGUCGAAAAGCAAUGUUGAAGCUGGGACUAAAACCUGUUACGGGCGUUAGCAGGGUCACAAUCAAGAGAACAAAAAAUAUUCUUUUCUUCAUCUCAAAACCUGAUGUGUUCAAGAGUCCAAAUUCUGAGACCUACGUCAUAUUUGGAGAAGCAAAAAUAGAGGACUUGAGCUCUCAGUUGCAGACACAGGCUGCCCAACAGUUCAGGAUGCCAGACAUGGGAUCUGUUACAGCGAAACAAGAUCAAGAUGCUGCAGCUUCAGCUGCACAGCCUGAAGAAGAGGAGGAGGUUGAUGAAACUGACGUUGAGCCCCAUGACAUUGAUUUGGUGAUGACACAGGCGGGAGUGUCAAGAAGCAAGGCCGUCAAGGCACUCAAGACUCACAACGGGGAUAUUGUUGGAGCCAUUAUGGAACUCACUACUUAAUUGGGGUUUAUGUUUUAUUUGUAUGUUUUUUGCGGGAUAAUAUUAGAACUAGUACAAACCGAAUCAGAAUAUCAACCUUUAUAUGUUUGGAACUAGUACAGACCUUUGUAGUUUUGUUGCGUUCUUGAAAAAAUUCAGGUCACGUUGUUGUUUGAUUUA